AUGUCUCGAAGUUUAAGUGCCAAUUUCGGUAUAUUAACUAGUUAUGACCAUAAUGUGCAUACUUGGAAAACGUACAAGGGGCGAAUUACACAAUGGUUCAUAGCUAACGACAUUAACGAAACCAGUGACAGUACAGGAGAAAAACGACGUGCUAUUUUGUUGAGCGCACUCACAGAAAACACAUACAAGCUCGCUUCUGACUUAGCGCUGCCAAAGGAGCUUGAGAGUGUACCAUAUCAAGAUAUUUUGAAUCUUCUAGAUAAUCAUUUCACUACAAAGCGGGUAGGAUUCAGCGAGCGUCAUAAUUUCUAUGCGGCCACGCAACGAGCCGACGAAUCUCACAAACAGUGGGCGGGUAGACUGCGCGGCGUAACGGCUCACUGUCGAUUCGCCAAUGUGGAAGAAGCGCUCCGAGAUAGAUUCAUCUUGGGCAUGGUACCAGGAAUAGAAAAGCAAAAGUUAUAUGCACAGGAUAUGGCUGAUGUGACCUUGGCUAAAGCGGUGGAGUUAGCGGAAAAUCACCGAACGGCACAUACCGGUGCCGGGGCCACGGCCCGCGGGCCCGCCGACGCCGCCGUGUCUCCCGAUGAACAGCUGUUCAAGAUUGCGCCCGGUCGACAGGGAAAUAUCGCGGUAAAUAAGGAAAAAGUAAAGUGUUCGGUGUGCGGAUAUAACAAUCAUAAAAGUUCGGAGUGUCGUUACGCAAAUUAUGUGUGCAAAAAGUGCAAUGUAAAGGGUCACUUGCGUAGAAUGUGUCGGAAUAAAGUGAACUACGUUAAUUUGGGCACCGGUGCCGGAAGCGAUGACGACUACGAUGAUGGUAAGUUAUUUAAUAUUCGCUCACAAAGGGGAGAACCAUUGAUAGAAAGUAUAAAGAUUAAUGGAACAAGUUUUAAGUUUGAAGUAGAUAGCGGGUCGGCCGUUACUGUGAUAUCGAAACAAAUGUACCUACAAUAUUUCAAGGACGUGCCAUUGUCUAAAACGAGCAAACGAUUGAGUACCUAUACAGGAAAUAAAAUAGAAUGCAGCGGAUUUGUUCGUUUACAGGUAGCAUACGCGGACAAAGAACAUUUUCUUGAUGCGUAUGUAGUGGAAAACGGUGGGCCUCCGUUAUUGGGUAGGGAUUUUAUCUCCUUAUUUAAUUUACAACUGUUACCGGUAAAUUAUUGUGUACAAAGUGACGUUCCGAUCGAAGAGUUGCAAAAACGGUACCCAAAAUUGUUUUCAGACAAGUUAGGGGCCUUUAAUAAAUAUAAGAUAAAUCUACCACUUAAAGAAGGGGUAAGACCAGUUUUUUUUAAAGCGCGUCCUAUAGCAUUCUCGCUGCGCGAUAAAGUAGGUGCCGAGAUCGACAGAUUAGUCGAGAUAGGAGUUUUGAAGCCGGUCGAACACGCAGAGUACGCAUCACCAGUGGUACCAGUACUAAAACGUAACGGUUCGGUACGAUUGUGUGCAGAUUAUUCGGUGUCAAUUAAUAAGCAGCUAAUAAUAGAACAAUACCCGCUUCCUACAAUCAAAGAGCUGUUUUCAAAAUUGUAUGGCGGACAGCAAUUUACGAAAUUAGAUCUGUCUAUGGCAUAUAACCAGUUCUUAUUAGAUGACGAAUCACAGUCAAUAACCUGCAUUAAUACACAUAAAGGGCUUUUUAAGUACACACGUUUAGUAUUUGGAUUAGCAAGUGCUCCGGCGAUAUUCCAGCGCGCAAUGGAGUGCGUGCUGGCUGGCAUGGAAGGAGUCACGUGUCUUUUGGAUGACAUUCUAAUCACAGGGAAAAAUAAAGAUGAACAUAUGGAAAGGUUGCAUGCCGUACUUCAGAGGUUAGAAAGUGCAGGACUAACAUUGCAAAAGGAGAAGUGCGAUUUUUUUAAAAAUGAAGUACACUAUCUGGGUUACAUUAUUAAUAGUAAGGGGUUAAAAAAAUCACCAGAGAAGGUCCAAGCUAUUUUAAAAGCACCGGAGCCACAAAGUGUAAAUCAACUGCAGUCUUUUCUAGGGCUUGUCAACUAUUAUAGAAACUUUGUGGCAAACGCAUCUUCUAUCUUGAGUCCACUUUACGAUUUAUUGAAAAAAAGAACUAAAUGGACGUGGGACCAAGUACACAUGGACGCAUUUAAAACAAUUAAAAAACUUCUAGCUUCCGAACAGGUAUUGACUCAUUAUAACCAGGAUGCGAAGUUAAUCUUAACUGUAGAUGCUUCUCCAACGGGGUUAGGAGCGAUUUUGUCACAGGUGGAUGACGACGGUAUCGAAAGGCCAAUCUCAUUCGCGUCGCGAACCCUAAAUACCGCAGAAAAACAUUAUUCGCAGAUACAAAAGGAAGCAACUGCAAUAAUAUUCGGUGUGCGCAGAUUUCAUCAAUAUUUAUAUGGCCGAUCGAUCCCGUUUACUCUACGUACUGACCACAAGCCAUUAAUAUCCAUAUUUGGUCCAUACAAAGGUAUCCCAGAAGUAUCCGCAAAUCGUUUACAACGAUACGCAAUAUUUUUGGGAGGCUAUAAUUAUGUAAUCGAAUACAUACGCAGCGCGGACAAUAGUGCAGAUUUCUUAUCGCGCGCCAGCCUGCCGGAGCCUGGGUCAUCGAGCGCCACACCCCCCGCCAUGACUGGGACAGCGGCGGGGGCGCGGGCGGCGCGGGCGCAUCAAGAUGAUGAUACUGUAUGUGACCGCGCGGCGUACGUUUGUUUUGUUGUGGAGGGGAGUAUGCCGGUGACGGUAAGUGAUAUUCGCAAUGAAACAAACAAAGAUGUUAUAUUAAGUCAGGUAAAAAAAUGUGUUAUGAACGGGUGGCCAGAUAGGAUUUUUAAUGUACAGUUGAAGCCUUAUUCAUUGUGUAAGACACAGUUAUCCUAUGAAAAUGGCUGUAUUAUGAGAGGCCAUAAAGUUGUCAUACCGGAGACAUUACGAAAUAAAGUUUUGUCGGACCUGCAUGCGUCACAUUUAGGUGUAGUCAAAACAAAAGCGGAGGCGCGCGCGCGAUUCUGGUUUCCUGGGAUCGAUGACGCAAUAGAAAACAUGAUAGGUACGUGCAAUGUGUGCAUACAGCUGCGUCCUUCACCAGCACGCGCUCCUAUUUCACCGUGGGCCCGUCCUCCACAACCGUUCCAAAGAUUGCACAUUGAUUUUUUAGGUCCAAUUAAUGGUCGCACCUAUUUAGUUAUAGUCGACGCAAGUACCAAGUGGGUGGAGGUAUACGACAUGGUUACAAAUACUACAACAUCAGCUGUAAUCGAGAAAAUGUGUGACUGUUUUUCCCGAUUUGGGUUACCCAAUACCAUCGUUAGUGACAAUGGCACGGCUUUUUGUUCCAAAGAGUUUAGGCAUUUUUGUUCGUUAAAUGGUACAUCACACGUGACGUCACCUGCGUAUCACCCCGCCAGCAACGGGCAAGCGGAAUCCUUCGUAAAAAUUGUAAAAAAGGGUAUAAAGUCGAGUCUAUUAGGAAGUAAUAGCGUGAGGGAAAGUAAAAUUAAAUUACUUAAAUACUUGAUGGACUACCGCAACUCAAUACAUUCUAUCACUGGUAACUCACCUUCUCAGCUUGUAUUUGGUCGAAAACUCAAAACACGGUUGGAUUUAAUUAACCCAAAGUUGUCAUCGCCUUCGAUACCGGACUCCAAUAAAAAUGUGAUUCCUACUAAACAGUGUACGCAAAUGAAUAAACCACGAAGGAAUUUAUGUUUCAAGAAAGGAGAUAUUGUAUUAUAUAAAAAAUAUACUUCUAAGAGUGUUUAUAAAUGGGGUAAGGGAAUUGUUGAAAGAAGAAUAGGUAAAGUGAUUUAUUUAGUAAAAGAUUUGGAAACUACCUUGUUAAUUAAAAAACAUGUUAAUCAAAUAGUUCAAUAUAAAGGGACAGGAAAAGACCUAGGCCGGGAAAUACCAGACGGCAACGUAAAAAUCCUACCAGGAUGUACUACGCCACCGCCACCUCCGUCGCCGUCACUGUCACAGCCGCCACCUCCGUAUACACCGUCGUCACUGCCGCCGCUAUCGUCGCCAUCGCUGCCAGCUCUGCCGUUACCGUCGUCGCGGUCACCAUUACCGCCACAGGCGCUACCACCGCCGACUUCACCAUUGACGUCAUCGUCAGAAACACCAGAGACGAUGACUGAUGAAGACAACCCAGAGAGGGAGGCCAGCAAGGGAGCAGCAGAACCUGAUGUGACUCAACCGGUACACAUACCGGUUGAAGACGAAUUCCUCGAGGCAAAGUCGCAAAGCGACUCAGAGAGCGAACCCGAAGAAGUGCCUAGAAGGAUCCUCCGAAAGCGUCCCUCGUUGCUAGACUUUAGGAAGUACUUUUAGAAUAUUGUUCGAUUAGGGGUAGGAGUGUUAUGUAUGUAGGUCGGUACUUGUACAAUAAUAAGUUGUGUGGCUGCGUCCACCGCCUGUCAGUUUGACAAUAAACCAGUGCGAAUCGAACUGUCCGUCGUUUAACUUG